AUGGAUCAGAUCUUCACCUGCAUCCUAUUCCUGAUGGGAUUGUUUGGAACUUUUACAAAGUACAUUCACGUUAAUGACAAAAUGAAUUGGCUUGAAGCUCAGACUUACUGUCGGCAGCACUACACAGACCUGGCCCCUGUCAGUAACGACAAGGAUGCCAACAAACUUCAGCAGCUCUCCAGCAAUGUCAAUUACUUUAUCUGGAUAGGACUUGUGAGAAAUUGCUCAAACAGAACACAAUGGCUGUGGUCAGGAGGUGGAGCAGUAUCCAGAAUUUCCUGGAAACCAGGUGAACCUAACGACUUUAAAGGGAAUGAAGAUGGUGGCUGUGUGUGGAAUAAAAUGUGGAAUGAUGAAAAACUACAGAAUAAAAAAACCUUCUUCUGUUACGGUGCCAUUGUGGUGAAGGAGAAAAAGACUUGGGAGGAAGCUCUGGAGUACUGCAGGGAGCACCAUGAUGACCUGGCCAGUGUGGCAUCUGAGACUGAGAUGCUGCUGAUCCAGAAAGAGUUGAGCAAACAUAACACCACUGAUCACAUCUGGAUUGGCUUGCGUUUCCUGGCUCGGGACUGGCUGUGGGUCGAUGGGCAGGAGAUGGACUACGAGGCCUGGGGUCAACAGAGAAAACCAUCAUGUCCACAUGCUAAGAUUAAGUGUGGAGCCUUGAAGGUGACAGAAGGGAGUAAGGCUGUUUGGGACGCUCAUGACUGUGAGGAGAGACUACAUUUUAUUUGCUACUGA